CUAGGUUCCUGCCUUUCUAGGGAGUUUUUCCCCUCAGAGCCUGGUUCCUCUCUAGGUUUCUUCCUAGGUUCAGGCCUUUCUAGGGAGUUUUUCCCCUCAUAGCCUGGUUCCUCUCUAGGUUUCUUCCUAGGUUCCUGCCUUUCUAGGGAGUUUUUCCCCUCAGAGCCUGGUUCCUCUCUAGGUUUCUUCCUAGGUCCCUUCCUUUCUAGUGAGUUUUUCCCCCUCAGAGCCUGGUUCCUCUCUAGGUUUCUUCCUAGGUUCCUGCCUUUCAAGGGAGUUUUUCCCCUCAGAGCCUGGUUCCUCUCUAGGUUUCUUCCUAGGUCCCUUCCUUUCUAGGGAGUUUUUCCCCUCAGAGCCUGGUUCCUCUCUAGGUUUCUUCCUAGGUUCAGGCCUUUCUAGGGAGUUUUUCCCCUCAUAGCCUGGUUCCUCUCUAGGUUUCUUCCUAGGUUCAGGCCUUUCUAGGGAGUUUUUCCCCUCAGAGCCUGGUUCCGCUCUAGGUUUCUUCCUAGGUUCAGGCCUUUCUAGGGAGUUUUCCCCCUCAGAGCCUGGUUCCUCUCUAGGUUUCUUCCUAGGUUCCUGCCUUUCUAGGGAGUUUUUUCCUAGCCACCGUUCUUCCACAUCUGCAUCUGCACUGCACUGGUUUCUGUAUAGCACAGUUGUGACAUCUGCUGAUGUAAAAAGGGCUUUAUAAAUACAUUUGAUUUGAUACAGUGCUCUACUUUUGAUCGGGGCCCAUGGUGCUCUGUAGAAGAACACUCAGGGAAAGGGCGCCAUCUUGAAAGCAAACCACCGUUAGUGUUGAUCACUUCAUUAUUUAUUAUAGAUCACUUACUUAUAGAUUAUUGAUCACGUUUCACUGGAAACUGGAAACCGUAAAUUCUGACGAAGUUUUUCACACACACACACACACACGCACACGCACACGCACACACACACACACACACACACACACACACACACACACACACACACACACACACACACACACACACGUAACCGGUGUGAAAUGCUAGUUAGCGGUGCGCUCUAGUAGAGUUUCAACCGGGGCCGUCACUCGCUCUGAGACCUUGAAUUUGUUGUUUCCUUUGCUCUCUCUGCAAAGGCCGUGGCUUUCGUGAAGCGACAGGUAAAUACGCUUCGUGGGAGGCAGUCUAUGUGUUAAUGUAACGGAUGUGAAACGGCUAGCUUCCUGGUGCUAAAUAGCGUUUCAAUCGGUUACGUCACUCGCUCUGAGACCUUGAAGUAGUAUUUCCCCUUGCUCUGCAAGGGCCGUGGCUUUUGUGGAGCGAUGGGUAACGAUGCUUCGUGGAUGACUGUUGAUGUGUGCAGAGGGUCCCUGGUUCGCGCCCGGGUAUGGGGCGAGGGGACGGUUUAAAAGUAUACUGUUACAUUAAGAGGAUCCUUGAUUUGAUCUCAGAUUGGGGCGCUAAUACUGGAGGCAACACUGUUCACUUCUAAUAUGCGAUUCAAAGGUAUUUCAAUUCAAGGGGCUUUAUUGCCAUGGGAAACCUAUGUUUACACUGCCAAAGCAAGGGGAAUAGAUACUAAACAAAACAGAUAAUAAACAUUGAUAUCUGUGUCUUGUCUUGUACUCAUGUUGUACAUUUAUUGCCAUAAUAAAAUAACGUGUCCUAUUUUCACACUAAUAUGAUUGACAGAUAACAGAAAUAUCCAUGCUUAUCAGACUUGAUAUCGAUUGACUCCAUUUGUAAAAAUUGACCGUUUCAACCCCCAAAAUAAGACUGAACUUCUUGAUCCAUGAAAUCCUUAACGUUACGAUGGCGGAGGGUAUAAUUAUAGUCAUAUAUUAGCGUCAUCAUAUUAUAGCGUCAUGCACUACAAAUAACACAACUGAAAAGACAAAUAAAUUGUAUUUAUUGACAUAAAUAUUUGUUGGCUGCUUCACAUCAUGUCGUGUUGUCUCGACCUUCUUGACCCCUUGUGCUGUUGUCUCUGCACAAUAAUGUUCGUACCAUGUUGUGUUGCUGCCAAGCUGUGUUGUCUUAGGUCUCUCUUUAUGUUGUGUCUCUCUUGUCGUGAAGUGUGUUUUGUCCUCUAUAUAUAAUAACAAAAAAUAUCCCAGCUCCCUGUCCCCGCAGGAUACUUUUUGGUAUGAUGUCAUUGUACAUAAGAAUUUGUUCUUAACUGACUUGUCUAGUUUAAAGAAAGGUUAAACAAAAUGAAAAUAAAUCGAUCAAGCACCUUUUUUUUUUUAACCUUUUUUUCUAUGAGGCUGUCUUACGUAAACUACGUAAGGUAAGUGGAAUUCUUACGCUGGCAGCGCAGCUGUCAGUUUCUAAGUCGGGUUGUGUGUUUAGCGAGCCGGCUAGCUCGUUAGCUCCAAUAACAACAGGAGAUAUGGCUGGACUUCAACCCCAGGGGGAUCUCCUGAAAAUGACUCACAGGGAGAACUGGAAAGUACAGCAUGAGCGCCUGCACGUGAAGCACCGGGGCCAUGAGGCCAUGCAUGCAGAGAUGGUGCUCAUCCUCAUCGCUACGCUAGUGGUGGCUCAGAUCGUACUGGUGCAGUGGAAGCAGCGGCACAACCGCUCAUACAAUUUGGUCACCCUGCUCCAGAUGUGGGUGGUUCCUCUCUAUUUCACUAUAAAACUCUACUGGUGGAGGUUUCUCUCCAUGUGGGGAAUGUUCUCUGUCAUCACCAGCUAUGUCGUCUUCAGAGCGACACGCAAACCACUGUCCUGUCGGACGCCACGGAUGGUGUAUAAAUGGUUUCUAUUGGUCUAUAAGCUGAGCUACGCGGUGGGAGUGAUUGGAUACCUGGUCAUCAUGUUCACAAUGUUCGGCUUCAAUGUCUUCUUCAGGAUCAAGGCUGAGGACUCCAUGGAUGUGGGCGUUAUCAUGCUGUUCUAUGGUCUGUACUAUGGAGUGAUGGGACGGGACUUUGCUGAAAUCUGCUCCGACUACAUGGCCUCAACUAUAGGGUACUAUAACCUGGGAGGAAUGCCGUCCAGGAGCCUGACAGAUGAUAUCUGUGCGGUGUGUGGUCAGAAGAUCCUCGUAGACGUGGAUGAGGAGGGGAUUAUAGAAGAUACCUACCAACUCUCCUGUAACCACAUAUUCCACGAGUUCUGUAUCCGUGGCUGGUGCAUUGUGGGUAAGAAGCAGACGUGUCCGUACUGCAACGAGAAGGUCGACUUGAAGAGGAUGAUGAACAAUCCAUGGGAGAGAACACAUGUCCUUUAUGGGCAGCUCUUGGAUUGGCUGAGAUAUCUUGUUGCCUGGCAACCCAUAAUCAUCGGAAUAGUCCACGGAAUCAACUUCACCCUGGGGCUGGAGUAGUAGAACUCUGGGAUGAUGAUCGCCUUGCAGAACUCCCUCCCCGGAACUCCCUCCCGGAGCUCCCUCCCCGGAACUCCCUCUCGGAACUCCCUCCCCGGAACUCACUCCCCGGAACUCCCUCUCGGAACUCACUCCCCGGAAC